UUUACUGAAAUGUUUGUCUAUAUGAAAUGUAUCAGACCUAAAUCAGCUUUCCUACCUGCCAGCAUCCUGGUGGCAAGUCUUACUCCUACCCGCAGCAUGGGAUUUUAAGAUCAAAGGAAUUAGACCUAGGGCAAAAACUGAGACAGCAGGGAGGCACUGUAACAACUGGAAAGUUUUCCAAAUUGGUAAACUUGCAGUAUUCUUUCUGUACAGAAGUAAAAGAUCCCCUAUGUCCCUAUGGCUAUCAGCAAGGAAAAGCAUUUCAACAUGGCACUUCAAAUCAGCAAUUUCAAAAAGGCUUUGAACGAGUUUGAAAAAUUGGUUGAACAAACAGCAACCCAGAAAAGAGAUGAAAGAGCAGGCUUAUUUAUCCAUAAAGAAGAUGCAAUUGAUUAUGACAAGUUUUAUGCAUCAGUACAGAAGCUCUUUGGUCCAGAUGUGAAGGAUCAAGAUGUGAAACGCUUUUACAGGAAACUGUGCAACAACACGGACGCAUUUGCAGACUGGUGUGAGAUCUUUGGAUACUUCUCCUCUGAAGAAGAUCCUAUUACUUCCCAGUUGGAUGAAGAAAAUUUGGUUUUCUUUGUGUCUAGAAAACGGCGAAUUUUAAUUUCAGGUAGUAGAAGACGAGAUGUGAUUAAGAGCAUUGUCAAGGUACCUCACCUGGAUUUACUAAUAACAGCUACUCAGAAAGGAUUAAUAACAGUUUUUAAUAACCAGGACACCUCCUGGAUUACAGGGUGUGAUUACCUCUUGCAGCUGAAACGAAUCGUAGCCACAACAGAAAGGACCAUUAUUGUCUGGGAUUAUAAAGCUCAAGGGAGCAGCCAGGAAAAUUAUUUUGUCAUAAAGCCAAUGGAUCACUGCCUCCUGUGUGUGUGUGUGGUGCCUUUGCCUGACCAUCUCUGCCGAGAUGACAUCCUCUUGGGGGAUGAUGGGGGUUUUGUGAACAGAUUCACAGUCAACAGUGAUGACUUUGGAAUAAAGCAGGCAAAAUCCAAAAGAAAAUUACAAAAUCAGGUCUUAGACUCAAAGAACUUUAAAAGUGUUAAAAGGAAGCUACAUAAUGACUGGGUUAUGAAAAUUAGAUAUAUUUCAGCCCUAAAUUGUUUUGGAUCCUGCUCCUUAGACAGUAAUCAUUCAUUAGUUUUGGAAUCCUUGAAGAGACUCGAGGAUAAUUUGCCCGUCCGAGAGUUUUCCAUGCCAAGAGGAGCGAACACUUUUUGCUACUGUGUUAAAGCAAAUGUGAUUGUCACUGGAGGAGACGAUAAAGUCAUCCGGUUGUGGCACCCCAAUAUCAGCACCAAGCCCGUGGGGAAACUUGUGGGACACAUGUUCAGUAUCACUGAGAUCGUAACCAAUGAAAAAGACCAACACAUCGUCAGCCUCUCCUCUGCAAAGGUUUUCAGGGUGUGGGAUAUACAAACUCUCUCACUGUUACAAGUCUUCCAUGACAGCCAGGGAGGGCCAGGAGACAUGCAGAUUUACUCCAUGAUAUAUGAUGCCAAUCACGGCAUGCUUAUUACGGGAUCUAGUGUUAUGGACAUGUAUCCUUUGACUAGGAUGAUACAAGAUACCAAACAGGUUCCUCACACUCAUGAACGAGAAAUCAAUGUCAUGCUUUACAACAAAUAUCUUCACCAAGUACUCACUAUCUGCUCUGAAUCCAUAAUUAGGGUAUGGGAACUCGAGACUGGGCUCCAAGUAUACCAGAUUUUAGACCCUCAUGGUUUCAAUAUUGAAGUGACUUCUGCAGCUGUCGAUGAAAGUGGAUUUCUUUUUGCCACGGGAGCAUAUAACGGAACAGUCAGAAUCUGGGACUUUGGCAGUGGGCAGGAGAUGAAAGUGUUGCCGGAGGGGAAAGACUGGAAGGAGGAGGAGCACUGCCUACAACGCCUCGUUUUCCUCAAAGCCCAAGAAAAACACCAGCACCUGGUCCUGGCCUUGGAGCGCAACGGGACUAUCAAAAUGAUCCAGGGCAAGGAAGAUGAUAUUUACCUCAUGGUGAUCUGGGAGCUGCCCAAUGUUGUGCCUUUCCUACAAGAUGGGAAACAUGCUGUGCAUCUGAGAGAGUCUACUAGAGAUAGGAACAUGGCUAUUCCUUUCCCAGAUGUCGAGUUAAUAGUUGAGAGGAAUGCUUCUCAACCUUCUAAUAAUCCCGCCAUGGAUUCAUUACGAGUGAACUGCAUUGAUUUACUACAAGUAGAAGGGUAUAAUUUGAUAGCAGCUGGAACCUUAAAUGGUGUGAUCAUCUUAUGGAAUUUUGUGACGUCUACUGUCAAAAAAGUGUGCCGACUUGAAGAUUGCUUCCCUGUAAACCCAGACUUGCAUCCCAAGCACUUUAAAAUUAAUGACAUACUGUUCCUCUUUCGUACCCCUGAAUGUGCAAGGAGAUCAAGUCAGGAUUCCAUAUGUUCUUCGUCCCAGUGUGAAUCCAGCAAAGGUCCACAGAGCAGUAAGGGAAGCAAGCAAAGCAUACAUAACAGUGAGGUUAAAGGUGAACAAACAGAUGUCACGGUGGGAGAACAACAGCCAGUGGACAAAAAACACCCUGGAAGUGCCAAUUUACCAGAAGCCCAGCCGCCUAUCCUUGUCACUGCUCAUGAGGACGGACACCUCCGCUUGUGGACUCUGGAGGGAAGACUACUGAAAGAUAUGCUACCUUUCACAAAACAUUCUGCCAUUUCUCUGACAUCGCUGUAUACUGAUUCAUGUACGAGGAUACUACUGGCUGGAAAUGUGGAAGGACAUGUUAUCCUUUGCAAUAUUAGCUCUUUCCUGGAUCCACCUCACGAUGAAAAGAAAUUCAAGCAGCUGCUUUCCUGGCGUGCGCAUUCGUCGGAAAUUAUUCAAGUAAUCUAUGUAGAAGAAAAACAAGUGGUAAUUACUGCCUCCAUCGAUGGCUCAGUAAGGCUCUGGCAUGCCCUCAACGGACAUUAUUGUGGCUAUUUUGGACAGCGAAGGCUCUUUGAAUUAUCACAGACAAGUGAUUUCAUUUUGCCUUGUGAUGUUACUGAAUAUCCCAUUGAAAUAAAAGAAGAAAGCAAGUUCACAGAGAAGCAAAAAUAUGAAUAUCCUCUGAUAUUUGACCGGGAAAAUAUCUACCUCAUAUUUAAUAAAUAUUUAAUAUUCAAUUCUUUUCAAAUGAAACAAUUUUCUAAAGCUUUACCUUUCUGUCCAAAUGGAGCUGCGAUUCGAAGAUAUCCCUUGGAAGGUUUUGUGACUGAAAACAGAGAGGCAGGGAUUGUUUUCGGCUCUCUGCCUAUAUACAAGAUAUCAAGCCCCACUAGUCUGAGAUUUCUUCCACUGAUUGGUGUAGAAGCCCAAAAGGACUCUUCAGAUGGCAUUACAGGAAAGAAGAAGGGAGGUCAUGUUCAACAUGAAAAAGUAUCACGAAGAAGAAGUUUGAAAAAAAAUUUAGUCCCACAAAUAAAUCUGGCUUCUUCCUUCUUCCCAGCUAUACCCAAGUAAGAAGAAAAAAUCAGAAAUGGCUGCUGCACAUAAAAUGGCAACGUGUGGAUGAUACCUUCUCUUUAUUUCAGGAUGAGAGGGAGAAACUAGCAGACACUAUCAGUCAUUUCUGGUGUCAGGCCAUCCUACUGAUGGGGAAGUUUCUUUAGGGAGUUCUGGUGACCUGAAUACCAAGCAAGGAGCAAGCAGCCAGAAGUUUAGGCAGUGUUUCUCAUUUACUAUCAGCAGACUGACACAUAAGAAAACAAAUGAAAUCAACAGCAUUGGUAGGUCUAAAAUCAUACGCUUAUCAAUGUUCAGCUUUCCACUUCCUCCCACCGGUCACCUUACACCAGAGCCAGAAUGACUGUCAGGACAUGUGCAGUAAGAGGCACUUUCAGGUCAUGCUAUGUGUUGUACCAAGAGAAUUAUUAUUAAAAAGAAAAAUGCGUCAG